UGCUAUAGUGUUUUAAACCAUUUUCAGCCUUUGUUUUUGUAUUUAUCUCAGAGCAAAUGUAUUCAGUUAAAUAUCAAUUAAAAAUUUGUGCACUACUGAAGCAUGGGCUCACAGAAACUAACCUCUGAGUCUAAUAAGUUGUCUUUAAAAAGAAAUAGUCAUUCUGAUGUAUUCUUGAGCCUCCAGGAUCAACGUGAUAAUGAGGUUUUCUGUGACGUUCAUUUGGUAUGCAAUGGAGGAACAUUGGCAGCACACAGAAUGGUGCUUGCCUCGUGCAGCAACUUCUUCAAGACCAUGUUCCAAGAGACACCUGGGGAGAUGAUGAUGGUCAUGCUGAAGGAUGUUAGUGCAACUGCUGUCUCGGCUCUGCUCGAUUUCAUGUACAUGGGAGAGGUGAACAUUCCAGAGAAUGAAUUGGCAAGCUUGACGUCAACAGCAAGGCUGCUUCAAAUAAAAGGCCUGCUUCACAUAAAAGACAAUGCAGUUGCUGAUUUGCUCCCAACACUUGUCCAAGAUGACAGCAAAAACAGUGCAAGCAACAGUGAAGAUGAAGAAGAAUUGGAGGCAAACUCUAUGCUGAAGAAUCCAGACUCUCCUAGUGCCUCGCCCGAACCGAAUCACUGGCAGACCUCUUCUUUUAAGCCACUCAAUGGUGUCCUUCCAGCAGCUUCUGCACAUAGACCUGGCAGUUCCUUGCGUACCGAUCAACACUCUCAGCAAAUGGCUUUGCAAAUUAGGAAUAACUUAUACCAACUGUCUGUGUUACCUCAGCUUCUGCGACCUGUCUCUACCAGCACUAACAACUCUCCAAAGAUGAACUACCCCACUAACAGCACCAUCAACUCUCUCAUCACUUCUUUUGCAUGCACCAGCAACACUGCAGCAACUCCUACCAAUGGCCUAGCGCCCUCUGUGAGUGUCUCUUCACAAAUGAUGCUGAAGCGACCUCGCUCAACUAGCCCAGUUCCCCAUCAGCCCAAAAAGGAAGCGAUAUGUGAGAGCCCCGAAGUGAUCAUGGAAAGUAAUGCCUGGUCUCCCAAUGAUCACUCCCAGCAACACAGUGGCUAUCUCUCUGAUGGGGAAGAGAACGAGCCCAACCUUAGAAAGCGUUCGUACUCACGCCCCUCUUCCCCGUGCGUGAGCUCAGCGCUGUUCCGCGCUCCUGACGCCCACCUCGGGGCCAUGGGUCUGGAGACAUUGCUGAGGCCGCGGUUCCCUCCUUCAGGAAGCGUUCAGGCGUACCCGCUCUCCUCCUUCCUAGGCAGACCAGGCUCUCCUCAUAAUGCCUUCCCUCCUCACAACCUCGCACAUCUCGUGUCGUCAGGUGGUAGCUCUGCUCACUGGUCCCGUCCCCCGCCCUCCCACGCCCUACCUCUGCUGGGGAACGCCUUGUCAGGGCAUCCCAUGCACGGCGUGUCUUCUGACAAGGUGACUGUAACUGGAAAGAACAUGGGCGUGGUUUGCAGUAACUGCUCAACCAACAACACAAGACUAUGGAGAAGAAAUCCCAAAGGUGACAUUGUGUGCAACGCGUGCGGUCUGUACUACAAGCUGCACAACGUGGACCGUCCCAGCCAUCUGUUCCGGGACAGUCCCAUGACGCGACGCCGCAACCCCCGAACUAUGCAGCGCAAGCGGCCGUACGACGCAGGGGGUGCUUCAGGGUCGUUACCUGACGAUCCUGCACAGCUCUCCCCUAAUGCUGGCGCAGCAGGAAGCAGCUAUGCUCUGUCACCUCGCACCCUGAAUAGUCCAGGCCCCCAGUCUGACGACGUCCUGAGCGCUGCAUAUGCCCUCUCGUCCAUAGCGUUUAACCGCAGCCUUACUCAGCGCGACACAAUCCAGCACCUCGAAGCAGCCUCGUCCAGAGACGCGACGCCAUCACUUGAAGCUGCCUCACAAAAAGCCAACAUGGGACACCGUGACAAGAAAUCUGCAUCCGCUGAUAAAAUUUCGGAGUCUAUGCAUCACCGAGAGACUGUACCGUCCCAAGGAAGAAAAUCUGUCAAAAGCAUGCCACUUCAGCAAGGUAUGCACGUAAAAGUUGAAGGUUCGGAAGAGUCGACGUUAGGGGUUCUCGGGUCGGAUGAACAUUCUGGAUCAAGCAGUUACCCGAACGAGUCUCUUGACGACCUUUAUGAUGACUACGGUUCGCCGAAACAAACCCAGGUCCCUCAAGACUCGAGACAGACGGAGUCAUGCUCUUCUCCACGACCUCCACCCCCUCCCUUGCUGCGGUUGCCCAGGCUUCCUGAGGACCUGACCUCCCGAAGCUCCCCGACUGGAGAAGCCCAGCAACGCUCCCCUGCCGACCACGCCUCCCGUAGCUCCCCAACUCCCAUGGAACCUCGUCACUUCCCCACCACCUCCGUCACCCAAUGCUUGCCUUCAGGAGAGGAGGACUCUGUGCCCAUAUCGUCCUCUCUUGGUCCCUCACUUAAGGCUUAGAGCUAUUAAUGAUUUAAAUCUAUUUGAUAUUACAAAAUUUAUUAUCUGAACUUG